CUAUGGUAUUGUAUAAUAUUGUAUAAUAUUGCAUAAUAAUCUAUAAUAUUGCAUAAUGAUCUAUAAUAUUGUAUAAUACUCUAUAGUAUUGCAUAAUAAUCUAUAAUAUUGUAUAAUACUCUAUAAUCUUGUAUAAUACUCUAUAACAUUGUAUAAUACUUUAUAGUAUUGUAUAAUACUCUAUAGUAUUGUAUAAUACUCUAUAAUAUUGCCCCGUUCAAAAAGCAGGAAAUCCCCUUAAACUCUCAACUCAUUGAAAGCUAAUUUGGGCCAUUGCAUCAUUAUUAACUAAUCUUUUACUUUCCCUUUCAUUUCCCUGAACAAUAGAAGUGGGAGUAUCCCAGACAGAGCAGCAGUGAUUAUCCUGGGUUCUGUUUCCAUUUUCAGCAGUUCUUCUGCCACUACUGAUAAUUAAAUUUCAUUCUUGCAUAAUCUGACAUACUAUAUUGUUUUCCCCCUCUUUCAUUUCAUGUUGUUGUUUUUUUUAACCAAAUGGAUCAGUCUGAGAUCCAUACGGAAGUAGGACGUAUCAUCUGAGAGACCAGCACAGAGAUGUCUUUCGCACGUGAUAAACUGUCUUUGCACCUGCGCUGCAGAAUGUGGGAGUUUAUGAGAAGAGUGAAAGCCAUAGAGCUCAUGGCCAACCUCCCCUGCCUUACACAGUCUGACAGGGAGGAAAUCCAGGCCAUGAAUAACCGUACUGGUAACUUAGGUGCAAUGCAGAUCCUGCUGGACUAUGUGCAGAAGAGAAUGAACUGGCCAGAAGAGUUGAUGUCAGCCCUGGAGGUGGUGGAGCAUCAGGACCUGGCUGAUGAACUGAGAGCAGAGUGGAACAAGCACAACCAGACCAAUCCUUCUCCUGCUGCUCCUCCUACCAGCCCAUCUCUGCCCAUCUCAGAGAGCUCUGAUGACCCUACAUCUUCUAUGGUUCUCCCAGCUUGGCCAGCGCCACCUUCAGAGUCACUCAGCCUUGAGAUUACUGCCUGUCCGGAGGAUGGUGGCCAGCCAGUAGUCCCCACAAGUUCAGUUGCUGUGGCUCCCGUCGCUGGCGCCUCCCCAUCGCCAGCUCCACAGGCUCUCGAAGCAGCAGUAAGCCGUGUCACAGCCACCCAGGCAGCACAUUUGCCUGUCUCAGUGAAAGUGGAACCCACAGUGGUCUCUGAACCACAACCUCCACUCUCUCACUCUGAUGACGCUGCCUCCUCCCAGCCUGGUCCUGUAGAAACUGGAUCUCUGGAGGAUAACCCAUCUCAUAUAGUCCUGUCUGAAACCGCUCUCACCUUGCCUGUGUCAGACGUAAACCCAGCCCUGUCCCAAACUAAAUACACCCCCACCGCUGCUGCCCCUGCCUCGGUCCAGGCCCCUGAGAGACGCCCGGUUCAGGACACCACGCCACCAACAGCCAAAGUGACCACCUACCACCAGAAGACAGUAGAGGACUCUGAUCCAACUGCAACUCAGGUGACUGAAGAUGACCAGCACACUGAGCCGCCUCAGAGCCCCGAGAGCCAUCACUUCUCCCCGGUCACGGCCCCAGCCUCACCCCCGGUGCAUACCUCCAUGGAUGAGGAUAACCGGGAGCUCAGCAAGCCUGACGUUCUCCUCAGUGAGAACCAGCCAUACUCAGGAGGCUCAUGGCUUCUGCAGAUGGAUAACGGGUCAGUGUCGGACCCAGAGCCGGCUGCUGUGACCAGUCCUGCUGCUGUGACCUGUCCUGCUGCUGUGACCUGUCCUGCUGCUGUGACCUGUCCUGCUGCUGUGACCAGUCCUGCUGCUGUGACCUGUCCUGCUGCUGUGACCUGUCCUGCUGCUGUGACCAGUCCUGCUGCUGUGACCAGUCCUGCUGCUGUGACCAGUCCUGCUGCUGUGACCAGUCCUGCUGCUGUGACCAGUCCUGCUGCUGUGACCUGUCCUGCUGCUGUGACCUGUCCUGCUGCUGUGACCAGUCUUGCUGCUGUGACCAGUCCUGCUGUGGUCCCAGACCCCGUCCCAGAGCCCUUGUCUAGUGUUCCAGGCCCUCUGACUACUGCAACGCCUCUGCCAUGUCAGGAGCAUGGAGUCUCUGAGGAGCUAGAGGAAUCCGUGUCCCGUAACGAGCCUGAGGAGGACACGUACCAGGAGGUGCUGAUCAAUGUACUUCACGUGUCUGAGGACGCAUACAUCCUGAAUCAGGAAGGCCAAACACAGAGCACGCUGGGUAAUAAUGAUGAAGGUGUGUCUGAAACACUCCCACCAGUUCAGAACCACAACAGACAAUCCCAGAUCACACCUCUCUCUGGAUCUACAGAACUUGACCUGUCGUCUGGUCCGAACCAGCACAAGCCAAACUGAGGACAGUCUGGGGAAAGUAGUUAGUAAGUUUGAAGACUCUCAGGGUCUGAUGAUGAUUGCUAACGGCCAAGCCGCCAGCCCUUCAA